ACUAUUCCAGCUAGUCCAUCACAGCUUGCAGCGCCACACACCACCAACAUGCUGUGCUGGUCAAGGGUUUUACUGCUGCUGUACGUCCUGCUUCUGGCUGCUGCCACCGAGGACAGUGAGGAACAGCAGAAGGAAGAGGAGGAUGAAAUUGACUAUAUGACGUUCGGGGAAGAAGGGCAGCCCCUCAACGUGACAGUGGAGGCAGUGUCAAGCACCGCCCUCAACGUGUCAUGGGACCCACCUGAUGAAGAACCUCAGUACUAUGAAGUCACUGAUGUUAGAGAUUCUUUUAACGAAUUGGCAUAUACCACCUACUGUUUAAUAGAUGAACUACAACCUUGUAAAACAUAUUUUUAUACUGUAGCGUCUCAUUACGGAAACAAACAGUAUGCUUCUCCCCCUACGUCUGGCACAACAUUAGCUUCAGUACCGCCACCACCACUGAACUGUGACUUUGACCGCAUUACCACAAACUCGAUGUAUCUUACCUGGAGUGCGCCAGACACAGCGUGUCAUAUUAGAAACUACAAUAUCAGCUGGUCAUGGUCCAGUCUGUGGGAGGACGACCACGACUCAGAUGAAACACUCGGUAUCGGAACUCAGACUUAUCUGAGAGGCCUUCCUCCGUACGCCAACGUCACAGUUAAUAUUGCAGCAGCCACUGAUGCAGGUUUUGGUCCACCUAUAACAUGCUGGAGUGUUACACAACAAGACAAGCCGGGGCCGCCUGUCAACGUGACUGCUACAACAGCUGACCUCGCAGUAUCUGUCACCUGGGAGAAGCCUGAGAAAACCAAUGGAAUAAUCACAAACUAUGUCAUCUCUGUCAGUGAACAGGACACAACUGUAGAUGGAGAAACCACAAAUGUCACCAUUCCGGAUCUACAGAAAUGUAAACUAUACAAUAUUACAGUCAUGGCGGCGACUGUGGCAGGGUGCGGGGAAGCGACUGACCCACUCCCUGUUUUUUUCAAUGAUAGCGUUUUACCCAGCGACGUGAAGUGUAACCUUAGUGGUUCCAAUGUAAUGGUGACCUGGCAACAGCUUCUCCCACAAUGCCCACCGUCCUCCUACAACAUCAGCUGGAGCGGCACAUCAUUGUGGUCUGAUGAUACAGAUACUAAUAGUAGUUCCAUGGACUGGACGAAUGAAGACCCAUUAAGCUAUGAGCUGCCGCACUCUCUGCCUUAUACAAAUUACAGCGUGUGUGUAAGUGUGGAUGGUUACACCAGCGACACUGGGUGCUGCCAACGAGUCACUCCACAGGCUAAGCCGGGGCCGCCUGUCAACGUGACUGCUACAACAGCUGACCACGCAGUAUCUGUCACCUGGGAGAAGCCUGAGAAAACCAAUGGAAUAAUCACAAACUAUAUCAUCUCUGUCAGUGAAGAGGACACAACUGUAGAUGGAGAAACCACAACUGUCAACAUUCCGGAUCUAGAGAAAUGUAAACUAUACAAUAUUACCGUCAUGGCGGCGACUGUGGCAGGGUGGGGGGAAGCAACUGAUCCACUCCCUGUUUUUUUCAAUGAUACCGAUUUACCCAGCUCCGUGAAGUGUGACCUUAGUGGUUCUAAUGUAAUGGUGACCUGGCAACAGCUUCACCCACAAUGCCCACCGUCCUCCUACAACAUCAGCUGGAGCGGCACAUCAUUGUGGUCUGAUGAUACAGAUACUAAUAGUAGUUCCAUGGACUGGAUGAAUGAAGACCCAUUACGCUAUGAGCUGCCGCACUCUCUGCCUUAUACAAAGUACAGCGUGUGUGUAAGUGUGGAUGGUUACACAAGUGACACUGGGUGCUGCCAACGAGUCACUCCACAGGCUACUCCAGGACCUCCUGAACUCUUAAACCUGCACAACGAUAAAACUUCUCUCAUUGUUAAAUGGACUGAACCUGAAGAAAAGAAUGGCAUAAUUGACGAGUACAGAAUCACUUGGACUGACUCAAAAGGUACUUCUAAUAGCACCACAAUACCCAAAGAAAGUUGCUGCUCACACACAAUCAAUAAUCUAACUCCGUGUGAGAACUACACCGUCAGCGUCUCAGCUCACACAGUAGAUUGGGGGGAGGAAUCCCCUACAAAAAAAACAUUUAUCCCAAAUUUCGUUACAGAUUCCGGCCUGAAGUGUGACGGCAGUAAUUCUCGGGAAGCUCACAUCUCCUGGUCCCUCGCCGUACAUGACUGCUUGGUGGACGAAUACUUUUUGAACUGGACAACAACUGUUCAGUGGAAUGGCCAUCACAAUUCCAACAGCGCUACUAUCAAAGGUGGUGGUGCCCCCAGAUUGGUGUUACGUGGCCUUGAACCAGAUACGGAGUUUGAUGUUUGCUUAACCGUUGAUGAAGCAGGGAGCAAUAUGGCCUGCUGCACCAGUACCACCAGACCAGACAAACCCUCUCAACCUAAAAACUUGAAGAUGGAAAACAAGACUCAGACCACAGUCACCUUAAGCUGGUCUUUACCUGACCAACUCAAUGGAAUACUGGAAGGCUGGCAAUUAACCUGGUCACCCAACACGGAGGAUGAAGGCAUUGUCCUGGCCAUUUCUAAAAGGGCAUACACAGUUACCAACCUGAAGCCCUCCACAAAUUAUACCUUUGACUUGAUGGCUGGUAAUGGCGCUGGUUAUGGUGAUGCAGCUGAAAUUAUCGUCACCACCAAACCACCAGACAACAAUAACACUGCAAUAAUAAUCGGGGCGUCUGUUGGCGGUGUGUUGCUUGUUGUGAUACUCGUGGCUUCCAGCGUCUAUGUUUACAGAAACAAGUCAAGAAAAACUUCUUCAAGUUCCAAGACGGAUACCUCUGUAGGCCAUAAUUUCAAUGGACAAGAAAGACGAUCAUUUGAAAUGUUUGAAGGACACCCAAGAGAUUACAAUUACAAUGGACGAAAACAAGCACCAGAAAUGUAUGAAGGACAUCCAAGAGUUCAGAUUCACAAUGGAAGAAAACAAGCACCAGAGAUGUAUGAAGGUCAUCCAAGAGUUCAGAUUCACAAUGGAAGAAAACAAGCACCAGAGAUGUAUGGAAGAUAUAUCGAACAAAGACGUGGACAAAUGUAAAAUGGGAGAGACAAAGAAGUCAAGAUAUUGUAAGUACUUCAAUCAUUCCCAAACGAUCCACGACAUCAUUACAGUGUUGAGGUGUGUUGCUGUCUUCAGUUACGCAGUUAAAGGUAAAAAGAUUAGAAUUUUUGCUGUAUUUUUCUUUAUAGUAAAAAAAUAUUCCAAUAUAAAUUAUGUCAUUGUGAUGUUGUUAAUAAAAUAAUAACAUUUAUCAUUGUGUAAUAAGAUUAGAGUUUUUCACUUGAACAUCACCUUCAUCAACAAUUGUUGUCAAGGCCAUGAACCAUUUGUUUAACUACGUUCAAUGUUAAUACUUAAAUCCAAAACGACUUCAGGAAGCUUUUUUAACGAUAUGUUUAUAAUAUUAUAUUUUUUUUUACUAUGAAUUAUAAUUAUUACAUUUUCGCCCCCCCACCCCAGGCCCCGAUGUGGGUCAGUGACCUGUGCUCAGGUGGGCUAAUCCUGUAAAAAAAAAAUAUAUCGUUGUUUGCGAACGAAUAUUUAUAGGGUAAUUUGAAAAAGGAUUCAUGCAUCGUUUAACUCUUGUAGACAUUGUAAAUUAUUAUAAGUUGGUAAGAUAGAAUUUUAUCACAGUGAAAGAUAAUGUAACGCAUAAACAGUCAUUGUGUUAUGUAGUUUAGAUAUAAGAGAGAAUGUGAUUAAAGCUAAGAGUGUGUGAGGUACAGGUGUGUUACCUGUGUGUGAGGUACAGAUGUGUUACCUGUGUGUGAGGUACAUGUGUGUUACCUGUGUGUGCGGUAUAGGUGUGUUACCUGUGUGUGAGGUACAGGUGUGUUACCUGUGUGUGAGGUACAAGUUACCUCCUCAUUGCGUCAUGCAUCGGUCUUAGAGUUCACUGUGUUAGUUGAUGAGGUAACUUUGUAAAUAACUAUAUCGCCCCCUGAGAACAAGUGGCUCAUGUUUUGUCCAAAUGAAAAAAGGAAAACAUUUGUUCGUUUUACUCAAUAGUUUGUGUCAUUGUCCAUACGUUUGUCUGAUUUUAGGACACGAAGGAUAAAUAUUUUCUUUCGUCCUGAUAACUGUUAUGAGAUGUAUGUACAUAAAAUAUAGCCCUGUCAUCA